CCCGAGGGGUGGGUCCUCCGGCAACAGAAAAGGAAAACCCACCUUUUUUCAUUGUUAAGGACGCGGUGGAAUGUGAUGGUUUGAUCUCAAAAGGACCAGGGAGGGGAAUAUCCGAGAGGAAAGGACCAGCGAAAGCGACUGAGGGAAAGGGGGAAAGCAGAAAGCGGUUCCCCCCCUAUCGCCUCCAACUCUCUGGUCUUGAAUGAGAAUAUGCGGAUGAACUUGUCCCGGCCGUGUCGGCUGCAGCGAGCCCUACCGUCCGCACGAGCUCAGCCCGCGUGAAGUUGUGGAUUUAUCGUUGCGUUUUCCGGACCCGGCGGUGGAACUGCUGAGGAUGGAGAGUUUGUGGAGCUUGAUUUGCUUUAGAGGAAAGGAUGCAUCUUAAAUUAAAUGACAGAUUUGUCUGCUGAAAAUCACUGAGGGAAUUUUGAAGUCUUAAAGAGACGGUGGCAAAACGAAUCAGAACAGCCUAACAAGAAAAAGGAGCUUUUCCUUGACAGCCUAAAGAACUUGGUAGCACAACGGCACAGAUGUGGACUCCCCAACAGAUUUUCAUCAGAUAAUCUGGACAACAUAGAAACUUGGUCGAUACAAUAGAAAGAAAUCUGGAACCAUGUCGGAUCAUAAAGACAUGACCCAUCGCCACCUGAAGCACAAGCUGCAGAGUCUUGGCCGAAGACUUGAUGAACUGGAAGAAGCAACAAACAAGCUACAGAAGUCUGAGGAUGAGCUUCUUGACCUACAGGACAAGAUUAUCCAGGCAGAGGGAAGUAACUCGUCCCUGCUUGGUGAUGUGGAAGCCCUGAGAAAACGUCUCUUGAAGAUCCAGGGGAAAGAUGAGGAGGUACGUAAAGCUGAGGAUCUUUGCCGCACAGUCAGAGAGAAACUGGAAGAGGAGGAAAACCUUACGAAAGAGCUAAAGGCAGAAAUAGAACGUCUUCAGCGACGGAUGGCUGAACUCGAGAAACUGGAAGAAGCUUUUGGGAAAAGCAAGUCUGACUGCAGCCAGCUCUGCCUUAGCCUCAAUGAGGAGAAGAACUUAACCAAGAAGCUCUCAUCUGAGUUGGAGACACUAAAAGCCCGUUUGAAAGAGGUGGAGGGGUCUGAGACAAAGCUGGAGAGAACGGAGCAGGCCUUGGCUAUGGAGCUUGAAAAGCUCAAGGGAUUCACCCAAACCUUUGUGAAUGAGCGUAAGAGGCUGCUAGAGAAACAAAGAGAGGAUGAGAAGACCAUUCUGAAAUUGGAAGAAAAGCUGGCGCACCAGAAGAAUCGCUUUGGCAUGUCAACGGAUUCUGGCAGAGCAGAUUUCAUGAGCUCAAGAAUUGAAGAUGAGCUAACAUCCACAGUACUCUUAACAAGUAAGCUGGCUGGACAGAAGAAGAGCCAUGACUACUCAAAGCUGUCUGAGAAUGAGAAAAACAGCGGUCUUGAAGGCUCGCAGGAGGACAACAAAGUAAAGGAGUUGACACAGGAGGUAGAACGACUGAAGAACCGCCUUAAGCAGUUGGAGAUUGUGGAAGAGGAUUUGAAGAACUCUGAGUCAAAAAAUGGUGAGCUUCACGAAAAGUUCCAGAUAGAAAGGGACCGAGUUCGAAAGUUAAAUGAGCAGGUGGAACACCUCAGGAUGCAACUGUGUGGAAAAGGCGGAAUCGGAGGAAAUGGAAUUGGUAACUUGGAUAAACACGGCAAUGGAAGCAGCACUGCUAAGGUAAUUGAAAAUGGCAAAGUUGAAAAUGAAGAGACUAUCCUGAAGGGAGGGUUUAGACAAGAAAAGCCUAAAUAUAGAAGUGCAGCAACUGUCCCAGAGCCAAGUUCCCCAAAACAUAGGAACAGAGAUUUAUCUCCUCAGCAUAAAUCUUGGAACAAAGAUUUCAGCAACGCUGAGAAGGGUUCUCCCAAGUCAGUGAGAAGAGCCCUGAGUCCUGCCCAAAAGAGAAGGACACCCAGAACUACAACUACCACAAAUUCAUCUGAUAAUGGAAUACGAGAUACAGUGCGAGGAGCUGAGGAAAAGCCAAAAGGAGCCACAUACAGCUCUGUGAAUACAACUUCUAGUGAUACCAAGAAGGUGUCCGUCCUUAGUCGAUACCCUCCAGCAGCUAAUGACCAGAAGCCACUAAGGACAGCUCACAAGCAUACGGAUGACAUCAAGAAGAGCAGAGAAAAGUUCUCCAAACUGUACGUAGGUAGUGACAGUGAAUCUAACAGCUCUGAUGUCGUGCCUGACAGUACCUCCAGUACCAUGAACAGCAUCUCUGCUCUAGAGAAGGAAACGGCGCCUGUGUCCGAGCAGGAAUCAACAGACCAGAUUCAGGAAUCUGUAUCUUCUUCUAUUUCUACUAUAUCCAAAGCCAAUGGCUCAUACACAGCCUGCAAAUCUCACAUCAAUCCCUUGCUGCCCAAUGACCACGGGUCAGAGGGUCAUUCUUCUGCCUCAGAAACAGAAUCUACUGGAUCAAGGCCAUCUGAGCUGGACCCUACAGCUGAAGCAGCUGAGGCAACUAGCACAGCUGUAAGCAGUAGGACUGUAACCUCCAGGUAUUCUAGAUACCCUCAAGUCCAGGACUCUCAUUCAGAGGGUUCCUCCUCCAGGAGCUCUUUUGAUGAGGAGCUGCACAGCCGGUCACAGGGAGCUGAGGGAGGUCACCAGGGAUCCAUGCAUACUCCAGCAGGGAUUGAAAUCCAACGAGUAUGCAGUCCUAGAGAGGCACUGAGGUCAAGAGCUGUGAUCAAGCCUGCUAUUGUGGAAAUUGACAGAAAGGAAGUAAUGAUUUCAGAACCCUUGCCUACAAAUGGGAAACCCAAGAUCUCGACCAAACCAAUAGUGACUACUACUAAUAAAAUCACCAGUAGUAUAACCAUCUACCCAAAUGAUCCAAGCUCUUCCAGAACCAGCAGUCGCAGCAGCAGUGUGUCCAGUGAACCUGCACCUAUUAAAGGACGCCACACAUCUACCAGUAACAUCGUUAUAGGCCCAAACACUGACCAUCAUGGCAGUAUUUCCGUCCCAUAUGAGAUCUCCAUACCCAAGAGUGAGAUCACUUUGCGGCCAUGCCAGGACCAGGACUGUGGGCCACACAGCGAUUCAUCAUCAAGGUCUAAACUCCACAACUCUUCCAGGGUGGAGACCACUACCAGCCACCUGUGCUGCCAGCGCAGCAACUUUAGCCUCCAGUCCCCGGACGUCACUUCCUCAGACUUCAACGACACAGAAUCAGGAUUUGAGAGCAGCAGCAGCACGACCACCGUCACCAGCUGGAGAAGCCAACGGCAAAGCCAACCGUCACACGAAGACAGUUUGCCAGAUAUGAAGAAUGUGACCGUGAGAAGCCCCUGGAGGAACAAAAGCGCCAUGUCUGUGGACGAGGGAAGUCGAGGAAGGAGUACGAGAGCAAUGACAGAUGGCGGGUCUGAAGAUGAAACCGAAACUGCAACAACGUGGAGGGCUUACAGGGCAACCACCUUUGACACAGAGGACUCUGUAAACAGUGGAAACGGAGGCGGCGGAAAUGCUGCAGCACAGAAGGGAGCCAAGCCGUCCCCUGCUGAGGUGUACAUGCGUAAGAUCUCUCAGUCUCCCCCUAUGGAAACAGUAGGGUUGGGAAGGGCCAUACCCCAUGCACCCGUUACCUCUCAGUCCUGGAGCCGAUCAUAUUCACAGCAGCCACCGGCUUCUGAUAACUUGGACCCCAGUCCAAACCCGAGUCACAGCCCAGCCUCUUGGAGACGACAGAUACCCAGUAGUGAUCUGGGGACCUCUUACGAUCGGAUAAGCAGGACACCCGGAGCCUCUAGAGGAGGGGAGCCCUGGUCCAGUCGGGGGCAAGGCUUAGGGGCCAGAGCUGAGGGGAGGAGCGGAGCGGGAGGCAGACCGUGGAGCCAGCGUCAGUCAGAGCAACAUUAGACCAAGUGAGGAGGAGGAUUGAAGCAAGUGGGCAGCACUCCAUUAAGCUCUCAACUGCAAAAUAAGGGCCAAGCGCUAGUUUCCCAUCAAAUGACGGCUACAUAGAUCACCACCACCUACAGCAGACAACAGUUUUGCAGCCACACUGAACAACAAACCACCGACCUGAUGACGAGUGUACGCUGAGACAUGGACGCUUCUUCCUAUUCAAAACUGUUCCAGAAAAAGCCGUGCAUGGAAGGUCAGCGCCUGUACAGUGUUUUUGGAGGUUUCCUCACCGGCCAGUGUAUUAUCUUCUGCUUCUUCUGUUGGAUGUAUUAUAGUGUAAUCCUGAAACUUGACAAGGGAGAGGCUGGCACGCUGCGCAGGGCUGGAGAUUUUCCUGUGCGCCAGAGUUGGAGGAAAAUAGACUCAAGAGAGUUUGUUACAGUAACCUCAGAGUAGCUGGAAAUGUCACUUGUGCUUCAGAACUUCAACUUUUCUUCAUCACUGAAAAGACGAACCCAAUCCUCAGUCAACAGCAGCGCAUCUUUCUCUCUCACAGGGCUGGAUUUUCCCGUAGGAUUCUCUAUAAAACCAAACGAUCGCUACUUUAAAUGUGACCAAAAACAGGAAGCGAAUUCCCCUCGGUUUUGUUUCAGACUCGUUUUUCCUUCUGAAAACCUUCAUCCAAUCCCAUCCCAUCCCUUCACUCCUUCACCAAACACAAGCCAUGCAAACGUAUCCACAAAACAAGAAGCAAACACAUCCACAUUUUUAACUUUCGGUUUAAUUUCAGCCCAUAUCCCGACUUUCCAGCAUGCGGUAACCUCAAACUGGAUUUAAUUUGAGGUCUUAGAUGCUGAAUGAAGAUUUGCAUGUUUCUAAGUAAUAAAUGAAGAACACUUGAAAGAUUGUGACUCAGCAUGCUUAAAGGGUUGCCGGUUGGCUGGAUUUUUAGGUGCACACACACACACACAAAUACAAAUACAGACGUACACACAG